AAAGGGGGAGAUAUUUUGAAAGAGAGAGACAAAUAGAGAGAGAUUGCUGAUGAGUGGCAUUCCUAAAUAGGACAGUAGGAGCAGACAGGGGACUCAAGUGUACAAGUGACACGCUGUGCACACGUUACUGAGGGAGGGAGAGUUUAACCCUCACACAUACACACACACACGAAUACACACCUGUUCUGUGCUGCCCAGGGCCCAAGGAUUUGCUGAGAGGAGUCCAGGAUUGUGUGGGAAGCGGGACAGGACGAGACAGGAGCGUGCAUGGAUGUGUUCUGCAGCCACAGCGGUUUGGACCCUCUCUGGGACUGGAACCGGACGUGGCACACGUCCAACCCGGACCUGACCCAGUGCUUCCAGAACACGGUGCUGGUGUGGGUCCCCUGCAUCUACCUGUGGCUGUGUGUACCUCUAUACUGUCUGCAUCUGCGGCACCAUGACAGAGGGUACAUAUGCAUCUCCAGGAUGUGCUGGGCAAAAACGGUGCUGGGCUUCUUCCUGGCGUUCUACGGUUUUGUGGAGUCCUUCUAUCUCCUGCUGGAGAGGUACCAGGAAAUUCAGCACCACCUGGUGUUCCUGGUCAGCCCUGUCAUGCGCAGCCUCACCAUGGUUCUGGCCGUGUGUGUGAUCCACCUGGAGAGGAUGAGAGGAUGCCGCUCGUCUCUCUUCCUGUUUAUCUUCUGGCUGCUGGCCUCCGUGUGCUCCCUGGUCUCGCUGCGAUCCAAGGUCCUGCUGGUUAUCGAGGAGGGUUUUUCAGAGGAUGCUGUGCGGUACCUCUGCUUCUUCCUGUACGUCUCCCUGCAGGUGGCACAGCUGGUGCUCUGCUGCUUCUCUGACCCUCCACCAGACUGUGCCAAACCCCCACUGGGCAAGAACCCCUGCCCGGUUAGCAAUGCCUCUUUCCUGUCCAAGAUCUUCUUCUGGUGGUUUGGUGGGCUAGUUGUUAGGGGAUACCGCUCAUCCCUGCAGGCUGAGGACCUCUGGAGCCUGAGAGAGGAGGACACGUCCGACCGCAUCCUCUCUGACCUGGAGCAGGACUGGAACCUGCAGCGUGCCAAGCUGCAGCAAUGGGACAGGCCCCCGGGCGGGGCCGCGGGCGGGGCUGCAGGCGGGGCAGCGGGCGUGCCUCUGCGGCCCCGCCUCAUGGAGCAGACGCUACUGCUCAGGAAGCUGCAGAUGGAGCAGAGCUGCGGGUUCCGCCUGCUGCGCACGCUCGCCCGCCGCUUCGGGCCCUACUUCCUGUCCGGCGUGCUCUGCCUCGUCCUGCACGACGCCUUCAUGUUCACCAUCCCGCAGGUGCUCAGCCUGCUGCUGGGGUUCAUGCGAGAUGAGGACGCCCCCUUGUGGAAGGGUUAUUUCUUUGCGGCACUACUCUUCCUGCUGUCCAGCCUGCAGUCUCUGUGUAACCAUCAGUACCUGUACACCUGCUUCAGUGUGGGUAUGAAGGUGAAGACUGCAGUCAUGGGCCUGGUCUACCGCAAGUCGCUGGUGCUCAGCAGUGCUGCACGCCGGACAUGCACCGUCGGGGAGGUGGUGAAUCUGGUGUCGGCCGACACGCAGAAGCUGAUGGACUUCGUGGUGUACUUCAACGCAGUGUGGGUGGCUCCCAUCGAAAUCGCCCUCUGCCUCUUCUUCCUGUGGCAGCAUUUGGGCCCGUCUGCCUUGGCGGGGAUUGCUACCGUCAUCAUCAUAUUCCCCCUCAACGGCUUCAUCGCUAAGAAACGGAGCAAACUCCAGGAGGUGCAGAUGAAGUACACAGACGGGAGGAUAAAGCUGAUGAACGAGAUUCUGGGAGGGAUUAAGAUCCUGAAGUUCUACGCCUGGGAGAAGGCCUUCAAGGACAGAGUCCUGGAGCAGAGAGAGAAGGAGCUGAAGGCGCUCAAGAGGUCCCAGAUCCUCUACUCCAUCUCCAUCGCCUCUUUCAACUCCUCCUCCUUCCUGAUUGCCUUCGCCAUGUUUGGAGUCUACGUGCUGAUUGACAGUCAGAACGUUCUGGAUGCACAGAAGGUCUUUGUAUCCAUGGCCCUGAUCAACAUCCUGAAGGCACCACUGAGCCAGCUGCCUUUCGCCAUGAGCACUACCAUGCAGGCUAUUGUCUCACUCAAGCGCCUUGGAAAAUUUCUGUGUCAAGACGAGCUCAAAGCAGACAGUGUGGAAAAGGCUCCCUACUCACCUGAGGGAGAUAGUUUGGUGAUAGAGAACGGCACAUUCAGCUGGUCAAAGGAAGGCCCUCCAUGCCUCAGGAGGGUGAGUGUGCGGGUUCCGCGUGGCUCACUGGUCGCUGUGGUGGGGCAUGUGGGCAGUGGGAAGUCCUCUCUUCUUUCCGCCCUGCUCGGGGAGACGGAGAAACGGAGCGGACAUGUCACGGUCCGGGGCUCUGUGGCCUACGUGCCCCAGCAGGCCUGGAUCCAGAACGCCAGCCUGCGGGAGAACAUCGUGUUCGGGUGCGAGCGGAAGGACAGCUGGUACUGGAAGGUGGUGGAGGCCUGCGCCCUGCUGCCCGACCUGGAGAUCCUGCCAGCCGGAGACGCCACUGAGAUCGGGGAGAAGGGGCUGAACCUGUCCGGCGGGCAGAAGCAGCGGGUGAGCCUGGCGCGGGCGGUGUACUGCGACCGCGCCGUGUACCUGCUGGACGACCCGCUGUCCGCCGUCGACGCCCACGUCGGCCAGCACAUCUUCGACAGAGUCAUCGGGCCCAAGGGACUCCUAAGGGACAAGACUCGUAUCCUGGUGACCCACGGCCUCAGCUUCCUGCCCCAGGCCGAUCUGAUCCUGGUGAUGGUGGACGGGGAGAUCACGGAGAUGGGCUCGUACGCCGAGCUGCUGGCGCGGCAGGGGGCCUUCGCCGAAUUCAUACAUGCCUUCGCCAGCAGCGACAGUAAAGAGAGCUCAGCGCACAGAGAGGCUGAUGUCCAGGCUCACUCUGCAGGAUCCAGAAAAUCGGCCUCGCGACUCAGUGUGACAGACUUCAUGCCCUUCUCCAGAGACCUCUCCCACGAGCAGCUCAUUAGCGGUGACACGAGCAGCACCAGCCUGCAGAACACGGACUCCGUACCCGAGCCGCACCAGGAGCUGGACCCGGGCGAGACCGGCCGACUGACCGAAGCAGACCACGCCCACACGGGCCGGGUGAAGCUGGAGAUGUACCGCGAAUAUUUCCGCACGGUGGGCCUUGCGCUCAUCCUGCCCAUCGUCUUCCUGUACGCAUUCCAGCAGGCCGCCUCCCUCUCCUACAACUACUGGCUCAGCCUGUGGGCCGACGCCCCCGUGCUCAACGGCACCCAGACCCACGCCGGCGUCAGGCUGGGCGUGUUCGGUGCUCUCGGCUUCGCGCAGGGAGUGGCCAUUUUUGGCACCACGGUGGCCAUCUCGGUGGGCGGGAUCAUGGCGUCCCGCCACCUGCACCUGGACCUGCUGAACAACGUCCUGCGGUCGCCCAUGGCGUUCUUCGAGCGCUGCCCCAGCGGCAACCUGCUCAACCGCUUCGCCAAGGAGGUGGACGCCAUCGACUGCAUGAUCCCCGACGGCCUGAAGAUGAUGCUCAACUACCUGUUCAAGCUGCUGGAGGUGUGCGUCAUCGUGCUGAUGGCCACGCCCUUCGCCACCGCCGUCAUCCUGCCCCUCGCCAUAUUCUAUGCGUUUGUCCAGAACUUCUACGUGACCACUUCCUGUCAGCUCCGCAGGCUGGAGUCGGUGAGCCGCUCGCCCAUCUACACGCACUUCAACGAGACGGUGCAGGGCGCCGGCGUCAUCCGGGCCUACGGCGAGCAGCCGCGCUUCACCCGCGAGGCCGACCGCAGGGUCGACCUCAACCAGACCGCCUACUUCCCCAGAUUCGUGGCCACCAGGUGGCUGGCGGUGAACCUGGAGCUCCUGGGUAACGUCCUUGUCCUGGCGGCCUCCGUGCUCUCUGUGAUGGGCAAGGCCAGUCUCAGCCCAGGCCUGGUGGGAUUGGCUGUGUCUCACUCCCUGCAGGUGACUGCGAUCCUUAGUUGGAUUGUGCGCUCCUGGACUGAUGUGGAGAACAACAUCGUCUCAGUGGAGAGGGUGAAAGAGUACGCCGACACCCCAAAAGAGGCAGAGUGGACCAUAGAGAGCAGUAACCUCCCAGAAUCCUGGCCUCAGACUGGCACCAUAGAGUUCCAGGAUUAUGGCCUGCAGUACCGCAAGGGUCUGGACUGGGCUCUGAAGGGAAUUUCUCUGCACAUCCACGAGAGAGAGAAGGUUGGGAUUGUGGGCCGGACCGGAGCGGGAAAAUCUUCUCUGGCCCUCGGAAUUUUCCGGAUCUUGGAGGCUGCCAAGGGAGACAUUUUCAUUGACGGAGUCAACAUUGCCAAAAUAGGGCUCCAUGACCUGAGGUCCCGCAUCACCAUCAUUCCACAGGAUCCAGUUUUGUUCUCUGGCUCUCUGAGGAUGAACCUUGACCCCUUUGAUGCGUACUCCGACCAGGAAGUGUGGAACGCUCUGGAACUGGCCCAUCUGAACAGCUUUGUGUCUAGCCUGCCCAACAAACUGAACCAUGAGUGUGCAGAGGGGGGAGAGAACCUCAGUCUGGGUCAGCGCCAGCUGGUGUGUCUGGCUCGUGCACUGCUGAGGAAGACCAAGGUUCUGGUUCUGGAUGAAGCCACGGCCGCCGUGGACCUGGAGACGGAUAACCUGAUCCAGUCCACCAUCCGCAGCCAGUUUGAGGACUGCACUGUGCUGACCAUCGCUCACCGACUCAACACCAUCAUGGACUACACGCGGGUCAUCGUCAUGGAGAGGGGUCACGUCGUGGAGUCAGGCUCUCCCUCACUGCUCAUCGCCCAGCGCGGCCGCUUCUACCACCUGUGCCGGGAGGCGGGGCUGGCCUGAGGGCGUGGCCUGGAGCAGGAAGCAGGUCCGAAGCCGACGAUGUAACGAAGGCUGUGACGUCAUCCAGGCUCAGGAGGGGUCUGUCAAAGGAAGGUGCCGCGCUUUGAGUCGCUGUCCAAUCAGACCGCGGCACAGACACCAGCAGAGAAGCCGGGAGAGGCCAUCGGAAGCAAAGGGACUGGAUGAGGUCACCGCAUUGCCUCGCCUUAAACUCGCUCACCCCGCCCACGGCGUGACCUCAGGGGACCUGCGGGGCGGGGUGGCCCGGCCGGGACCGGCGAGGGCGAGGCUCCAGGAAUGCGACCGGCGUGUUUACCCCGGCGGUUUUGGGAGGCACGCUUGGAACGGCGUCCCCAGCCGUUACUGUUUACACUGGCGUGGGUGGCAUACGAGCGGGUGACACAUGAUACACACUUCACACAAAACACCAGGAAAGACCGAGGGAAUAAAACCUUUACAAUACCCCACCCCCCCCCCA